UCCAUAUUAAAAUUUUAAAGAUUCGUCAACAAGUACAAAAAGAGAAUAUUCAUUUUUUAAAUUUCUUAAACCUUAGAAGAGCCCAAUCUUAGUUUUUUUAUUACAAAGAACACCUAACCCAAAAAAGCCCAAUCUUUAUCUUAAAUAAACAAAAAAACAGUUUUUUAAUCUUACAGAGAAGUUUAAUUUCAAUUUUCCAAAAGAAAACAACUCACAAAGCAAAGCAUCACAGUCAACAUCACAUGCGUACACCUCACACAUCACAAACUCUACACUCGCGAAAACCAAAACUCUUAUGCACAACAAAGUAACUCACCCCCGCGGUGGCACAAAUCCACCACCACCACCAAAACCACCGUUUCCUAAAACCGACGCCGGUUUCUCUUCAAUCCUCCAACCCUAUAACCACACACACGGUAACAAUAACGAUAACAACCCCCGACGCAACCGCAUCGCAACCGCAAUCUCUCCUCCGCCUUUCACAUUAACCUCCGUCGUCUACGCCGCGAUCUCAUGGCUUCGAAACCGUCGGAUCCGUUACCUCUUCCUCCUCAUCUGUUCACCGUUUAUCCUCGUAUUCCUUCUCGUCACGUUCCCCUUCCUUUGCGUCACAGAAAUUUGCCUCCGACGCCGGCUCUGGAGGAAAAUCCUCGGUCGCUUCUCCGGCGAUGAUUCCGGCGACCGGCUUCGGCGGUGCGAGGAAGGAUGUUGCUACGAUGAAGAGGUGGAAGAGAAGGGGUUGUUGCAUAGAUAUCUGGAGGAUCAACUUUUUCUUGUUCGAUCGAUGUAUGAGUGCGGUGAAGAUGAAGAUUUUGAAGAAGAAGAUUCUAGAAAUUUAGGUAGUAAUAAAAUUCCUCUGUUGAGAUGAUAAAUUAUUUUACUUAAUUAUGUUCAUGUAUAUAGGAAUUAAAAAUUUUGUUGGUUUCUUGUUUUUGUUGUAUAGUAGAUGAAAGAAAUUUGUAUUGUGGUUUUCUGUUUUUUAAUUAUUGGGUAUUUUAAUUCUUCAA